UGCUCCAUACAAAACACUGGAGUUCUGAUCCUUUUCAUUGAAUAAUAAUGCCCCUAGAGAUAUAUGAUUUCACUACUUUCUGGACUUGGUCUUGCUAAAACCAUCUAUUUUUUUAUUUGGUAAAGACAUUGGGCCCCUCAGUCUUAUUUCCCCUUUCCUUUUCUAGUACUCUGGUGCUUUGUUAAUACUGGAGUUGCUAUCAAAGGAUCAUAAGCCUCUUGGUAACCUGCAGCUUGGAAGAAGGAUUGGGACUAUAGUUCUCUCUGCAUAAAUAAAGAUUUGGUUCUCCCUAAGCCCCACCUUUGUGUGCCCACAUUUCACCAGACUAUAAGAGGAUUGUGUUUCUUUUAAUAACUGCCCAAGCUUGAAGUUAUUUGAUCUCCUGGCUGCAUUCAUCUGAAGACUAAAGCAGCAUUGAUCAGAGUGGCCUUCUCCAAAUGGCUUCUGUCACUAAUCCACAAUGACCACUGAACACCCCCUAUGCCAGUGUUUUAUCAGAAACUCUUGCCAGGUUUUUAUUCAAGAUUCAGAGUUCUGGUGGUUUAAAAUAUGUUAAAAGGAAACAAAAUCCACAUUUCUCAGGUGUCUGAUGAUUUGCAGCUGAAUCUAGAGGUGCUUCAGAAACUAGGCAAAGCUGAUGAAACAAAAGAUGAACAGUUUGAAGAGUAUGUUCAGAACUUCAAACGGCAAGAGACAGAAGGUUCCAGACUUCAAAAAGAGCUUAGAGGAUAUUUAGCUGCAAUUAAAGGCAUGCAAGAUGCUUCCAAAAAGCUUACAGAGUCUCUUCAUGAAGUAUAUGAACCUGAUUGGUAUGGUCGAGAAGAUGUGAAAAUGGUUGGUGAGAAAUGUGAUGUGCUUUGGGAAGAUUUUCACCAAAAGCUGGUAGAUGGGUCACUACUAACUUUGGAUACAUAUUUGGGACAGUUUCCUGAUAUAAAGAUUCGCAUUGCAAAGCGGAGCAGGAAACUAGUGGACUAUGAUAGUGCAAGACAUCAUCUAGAAGCCUUGCAAAGUUCUAAAAGAAAAGAUGAAGGGAGAAUUUCCAAGGCAGAAGAAGAGUUUCAGAAAGCACAGAAGGUAUUUGAAGAUUUUAACACUGAUUUGCAAGAAGAACUACCAUCUUUAUGGUCAAGGCGCGUGGGCUUCUACGUCAACACAUUUAAAAAUAUCUCCAGUCUGGAAGCCAAAUUUCACAAAGAAAUAGCUUUGCUCUGCCACAAACUUUAUGAGGUGAUAACUAAAUUGGGAGAGCAGCAUGCUGACAAGGCCUUCACAAUCCUUGGAGCACCCAGAAAGAGGUGCGAUUCUGGUCCACUCCGCAUUGCAAAAACUCCAUCACCACCUGAAGAGGCUUCCCCACCACUUAGUCCUGAAGCGAAUGCAAAUCAUACAUUGGCAACCCCGAGUUCUCCAGCACCUGCACGCCCUAAAUCUCCUUCACAGCUGAGGAAAGGGCCUCCUGUCCCACCACUGCCUAAACUCACACCAACGGCAGACAUGCAACAAGAAAAUAUCAUCAGUUUAUUUGAUGAUAACUUUGUUCCAGAAAUAAAUGUGACAACUCCUUCACAGAAUGAAGCUCCUGAUGCUAAACAAGAAGAGUCUUUGUUAGAUUUGGACUUUGAUCCUUUCAAGCCUGAUAAUGCAUCUACUGUGGUGGCCCAUUCCCCAAUGUCUCAGACGCUACCCUGGGAUCUGUGGACGACCAAUAAUGAGAUGGUUCAGCCGCCUGAUUCUCCAAAAAGUCUUUCCUUGUAUAACCUGGUCAUGGAGGAAAAUCCAGACAGUGGGUCAGCAGAAGAUCUUAACAAGUCCCAAACUGAUUUAGGUUCACUCAAUGUGGGCCUAGAGCCAGAUUCCCUCAAGGAGGCAGCCAGUGAGGGCCAGGAAAGAACUGCUGAUGGUCCCAUGCCUUUUCUUCAGGCAGAGGAAAUCUCAGCAGAAUCAUCUGUUAUGCUAGCUACUCCUAUUUUGCCUGCUGUAAGCGAGCAUGAGGAUGGGACAUCAUGGACAGCUUAUGCAAAUGAACAUGAAGCCACUUUCUUAAGACUAUGCCUGGAGAUUAGUCAUAGUGGAGACGAUGGCACUGAUCUGGUGGAGAGUAACCAGCUUUUAGUGAGUGAAACUUUGUCUGAGAAGUCUUCAGUGAAAAUUGACAGCUUUUCGGAUGCAGAUUUGACAAAAGAGGCAAAUCUGGGCUUAGAAGAUUCUUUCUGGACAAAUACGGACCCAUGUGAAAAGGUAAACAUCAGAGGUGCUAAACUCAAGGAGUUCAGUAAAUCCUUCGAUGAAAUUGAAUGUCUUAAGGCCUUAGGACAACCAGAUAAUGAAACUGUAAAAAAGACUAAGGUAGAAAUUAGACAAGAUUUAGAAUGCACCAAUGGGCAACGAGAAACUGAUAGUUGUCCCCAGAAAUUUGAUAUAGAAUUUAAUAGGGCUGAUAUGGUUAAGGAGAUAGUUGAAAGAGAUUUCAAGAAUAUGAGCAGCUUUACAGCUCUUGAACAUAAUAGACUUGAAAUGGAGAAUGCUUUGUGUUCACUGAAUCAGGAUCCUGAAGAAACAUGUGAGGGUAAGAGGGCCAUAAAAUGCACACAGGAAAAUGAUAUGACAAAUAUUACAGGAAUGCCUAAUCUCCAAGUCAAAGAUAAAUUUUCUACAGAGAUUGGAAAUCUUGGGUAUGAUUUUGAAGCAAAAGAGGCAGAAGAGCUUUGCAAAAAAUAUGAAGACUGUGGCCUCAAUAUCUCUCAAGAGAAUAAAGAUAUUGAAUGCCAAGUUACCUUUAUAUCCCUUGACAAGGAUAUGACUCUGCAGCAUGGGUUUGAGAAUCCAAGUAAUGCAUAUUUCAGUAGUUCUGAGUUAGAGAAUAUGGAAGGUGAAUUGGCAGAUAGGGAAAUGUUUUGUGUGUCUGAAGAAGCUAACUUUGGUUUACCCAAGGUGUUGGAGACAGAACCCUGGGAUGACAGCUGGGAUCCUACAUUUAGUUCUGAUUCUUUUUUCAGCCAGUCAAAUAGCUAUGAUUCCUGUCCCUUUCCUCCCACACAAGACUCUCUAGAUGAAAACAUGGACAACCUAUGGCCAGGUUUCAUGCAAGAUUUAGGAGAAUUAAACAAUAGCUGGGGGACUGCUUGUGUAAUGACGAGUCAGCAGAAUCAGGAAGCAUCUUUACAGCAAGGAUCAUCUGGGAAAGAGACAAACAUUAACACCUGUGGAUCAAACAAGAUAAGUAGCCCAUUGAUUCUGUUCCAAAUGGGAAACUCUGGAAAGGCUAGCACUGGAAACUUCACUAGUCCCAAAGAAAAUGAGACCAACAGCUCAGAUUUAUCUGAAGAUGAAAUUGCUAACCGGAGAUAUGGAUUGUUAUACCAAGAAAAUGAGGCUGAUAAAGAAGAGGCAUCAAGCAAUGCUUUUAAUGGAUUUGCACAGGACACCUCCCUGUUUUCAAUGCAGCCAACUCAGGAUGUUAUAGAUAGUAUGGCUGAAGCAGAAGCUUUACCUUUGGAAAUUCAGGCAGAGGAAGACAUCAAUAUGGCUGCCUCUGAUACCAAGCCAGAAGGACAGGCUCUGGAGGCUGAUAAGUCCACAGCUGAAACUAUGUUGCAGAUGGACUCAGUAAUUGAAAAUCCUACUGAAACGGAGUGUGUUGAUGCCACUUCUACAAAUGAAGGUGUUGAAGUUGCUGUUAUUGAUGAAAUAGAAGUUACUGAAAGCAACAUAAAUUACAUUGAAGAAAAAGCAGAAGACAUCCAGGACAACCUUGGUAACAUCCCUUCAGUAGUUAUAGAGCCUGCAUCAAACAAUGAAGAUGGAGACGAUCAUGAGAUACAAGUUACUCAAUCUGUGGAAGAAGUUGGUAAUCAGAACACUGAAAUACCCACUGUUGAAACUACAGAUGAUAUAAGUGAGCCAACAAAUAUAAUAGAAGUACAGCCUGCAUCUUCUAAGAAACAGCCUGCAGCAGCAGAUGACAUGCCUCCCGGCUUCCUCUAUAAGGUUGAAGCUUUGCAUGAUUUUGAGGCAGCCAACAGUGAUGAACUUAUGUUGCAACGAGGUGAUAUUGUAUUGGUAAUCCCAUCAGCAGCAGAAGCAGAUCAGGAAGCAGGUUGGUUAACAGGCAUUAAGGAAUGUGAUUGGAUUCAAUACAAAGAUGCAUCCACAUACAAGGGACUGUUCCCUGAAAACUUCACCUGCAGUUUUGAGUAAUUCCCAGCUCCAGAAGCAACAUCCUUUUCUAGGAAGCUCAGUUUGAACAUCUCCAACAUACAGGAGUCCAUAGUUGAGCCAUCAGACAAAAUUCAGCUGAAGCUUAUCAAAUGAGCAUGAUUGCAAGAAGUUAAAAGCUAGCAUAUUCUGAAACAGUAUGUGGAAAAAAGUACUUAUUUGUUCACAUAUAUAUGGCAACAGGUUUGUUUGUACUUUGUCAGAGCUAUGGUGAUCCUGUAACUUGAUCUUUCCCCAUGCAAAUGAGUAGGCUCCUCAAUACCAAACCUUAACUUCUCUGCACUAACUGUAUUGAAUUGAGUUGAUGCACUGCAGAAGACUUCAUUAGUAAUCCUGUAGUACUGAAAUCAAAGUAUUCUAGUUUCAGUGUGUUUGGGGGGGGGGGGGAAUCUGCCACAAAAAUUUUCCAUGUUAUUUUCUUCCGUAUGUAUGUACAUAUAGAGAGAUACCUAUGUGUUGUAUCCAUACAUAGCACAUAAAAAUCCUAAGAAACUAACCUGCAGCACAAGUGAUUGGUGACAUAAAUAGCAAACAUUUGACAUGAAAUCAGGAAAAACUGGAGAACAUGUGUAUUUGUUAAGCUUAGGAGACUAAUAGAGAAUUAUUACAGAGGGAGUGUAAUAUGCAUUAGAAUCACUAUCAUUUUUGAAGGUUGGCUGUCACUGAUUUUAUGCAUUAGCAAAUAUCUUACCUACAUAUAGUCAUUUCAUGUAAAAUUGUUCAUUCAGACAUUGCAAUUAUUAUCAGGUAUUAAACAAUUCUGUUACAAAAGGAAACUAGCUGCACCAUUACCAAAAUAUUGAAUAGUAAAAUAUAUAUUUGUAAUGCAAAAUUAUCAUUUCAAGCAUUACAAAAAAGCUACCAAACUCAUUUUCAAAGCAGUUGAAACAUGAUUGAAGGCAUGGCUCGUUCACAUCUACAUUAUCUAUCUACUAUAGAUAAGUUGAAAUUAUUCUGAUAAGGAAACUAUAGUGGUAGAUUUUGUAUUUUUAAAAUGGCUGGAUGAAUAAAUACAUUUCUGAAUUAAGAUAAUAUAUUUUCACAGUAUUUAUUCAAUAUAUAUUCAACAAUCCCCUAAAAUAUCAUGUAUUGUGUAUCAAAAAGACAUCUGUAACUAUUAUGUUUUUCAGUGUUGCGUCAUUUUAAAUAAAUCUAUGAUCAACUCCAUAAGCUCAAUUUUUAUAUAUGUUCUCAUACAUAUUAGCACGGCAUCUUUUAAAUUCUAUGGCACAUCCUGUUGGCUUUAAACUAAAUUACUGCUCUUCACCAUACAUGGUUCAUUGUAGCAAAGCGCUAAAUCUAUGGUUCAGUAAGCAAGAAUGAAAUGUUAGCCCAGAUGAGCAUAUGGUACUCAGUGGCUUGCAACAUUGUCACUUUUACAGCUUGUGUUUAUCAAGCCUUACUGAAAUUAAUUUUUACCUUAGGUCUAUUUCAGUGGUAGCGAACCUUUUAGAGACCGAGUGCCCAAACCGCCACCCAAAACUCAUUUAUUUAUCGCUGCGUGCCGGGUGGGCAUGGCCGACUGGGUGGGCAUGGCCACAGUGGUCACAGCUGACUGGGUGGGUGUGGCCACAGUGGGGUGUGGCCACCUUGAUGGUAUUUGUGGGGAGGGAUGCUUGUGGGGGCUGGGAAGGGUUGGGAGAGAUCCAGGGGGUCUCUGGCCGGUGGGGCGGUGGACCGGAGGCUCAUCCUGUGGGGUGAGGCAAGGAGAGACAGGGUGGGUGUGCCAAUUGCCGUGGGGCAAGGCAAGGCAGGGGCUGAAGCAGCUGCUGCCUGACACCAUCAGCCCCCCCCCACACAGAGGCCAGAGAGUGCAUGGGGGCCGCCGCUGUCCGUCAGCAGCCACAGCCUCUUGCAUCAUGGCAGCCCCAUUGGCAUGAGCGGAGACAAUCCUGGGACGGCCGGAAAGGAGCCCUCACCUGGUGCGGGUCCUUUCUACAGGGUGGCUCUGACGGGGCGGCAGCUGCUGCUGCUCUGACCGGUCAGCCCUGCAAGGAAGCAGAAGGGACAGCUGG